AUCUAUCUCAAGCCUGUGUAACACACCUAUCUCAUUUAUAAUACGUUCAUAGGCAAUGUCUACAACUAAAUACAACGUGUUACUUGCCGCUAGAUGUCACUCGGAUUGAACAAUAUCAGUCGGUGCACAUUUCGUGAGAAUAGGUGUGCAGGUUCAUGAGGGACAUGCUUGUACUAUCUCCUCACCGAAUGUACGGAUAUUUAUUAGUCGGACUUCUAACCGCCUUUGUGGAUUGCACUGAAACAUGUCCUCCAGAAUUCUGGGGCCCAGAGUGCGAUGAGCCCUGCCCGACCAACUGUGACGAGGAGGAAUCAACCAAGAAAGUCUACUGUGACAAACCAACUGGCAACUGUGCUGAAGGCUGUAAAGCAGGAUACUACAAGCCACGUUGUGAUGAGAGAUGCAAGGACUGCACAAGUGGACGUUGCAUGCAGGUGGAUGGUGCCUGUUUGCCAGGAGGAUCGUCUGGGGUUCUUCACCCCAACACACUUCUCAUAGUGCUGGUUAUACUGAAUCCAGUCUAUGGAAACAGAAUAGCCGUGAUAACUCUUACCCUGUCAUAUCUAGUCGCUUCUGUUGAUGCCUGUGGCUGCACGUAUUGUAAAGAUCUGCAGUGUGACUCUUCUGGACAUUGUCUUCAUGGAUGUGCUGAGUCUCACAACUAUGGCCCCAAAUGUCAAUACGAGUGCCCGAAUAAUUGCAUUGACCUUCAGUGUACGGUAGCCACAAAUGGACAACCUAAAUGUACGACAGGAUGCAAGGACGGAUUCCGGGGAACUCAGUGCAACAUUCCCUGUAACAAGAGAUGUGGAAGAUGUAACGGAUCUGUAACAUGCAUGUCCUGCAGUUCCCAUUACUUUGGACCUGACUGUCAGUCAGACUGCACUGAGAAGUGCAAGGGGAUGUCUUGUAAUCCAGAUGGCACCUGCAGACCAGACACAUGUGUUGACGGGUGGUAUGGUCAGUACUGCCACAUGAAGUGUCCCUCCAUAUGUAAAACCUGUGAUAAAGUCAAGAGGACGUGCACCAGCUGUGAUGUUGGCUGGUACGGACUGGACUGUGCAGAUCAAUGUCCUCAAAAUCCAGAUAGCACCUUCUGUUCAAGGCUGCGUGACGCAGACAUAUGCCCAGUUUGCGCUUAUAAAAGUCACGUAAAACCGGACAUUUGUCGUGCCCCGUCCAAAUGGAAUCGCCCCCAAAGCGUCGGGCUUCUCUGCUUGUCAACAAUGACGGUUCUGGCUCUCAUUACAGCCUGACGUCACAAGUACCAUACCCCGCACCAUAUGGACGACUAUGGAAGAUUCUCUCACCACUGUUACCGUCAUUUCUGAACAUGUUUCUUUCCUUUAUGUACAAUGCGUGAACACAAGGUUCUCAAAAACUCUUGAAGUUGUAGAAAGGAAACAUUAAACAUUGACGAUACUAGU